AUGCAUGAUGUAAUCAACAACGAUACAGUUAUCAAAAACAGUACAGAAAACACAAUGCGCUCAAAGCAAUGGCAUCUAGUAUGGCACAAUGUGAUAUUUUUUUCAUUGUUGCACAUAGGCUCGGUUUAUGGAAUCUAUUUGCUAAUUACAAAAGCUAAAUGGCAGACUAUUGUUUUUGCUUAUAUUUUAUACGUAAUGUGCGCCGUGGGUGUAACAGCUGGUGUUCACAGACUAUGGUCACAUAGAUCAUACAAAGCGAAGCUUCCUCUCAAGAUUAUUCUUUUAUUUUUCUACACCAUGGCUUACCAAGGCUCAGUAUUCCAGUGGGUACGUGACCAUCGUGUUCAUCAUAAGUAUUGCGAUACUGAUGCCGACCCACACAACUCCACGCGAGGAUUUUUCUUCUCACAUAUCGAAAUCAUCAGAAUACUUAUUAAAGUAAAUUUUAAGCACUACAUUAAAAAUAAAUUCAUCAAAAUGCAUGAUGUAAUCAAUAACGAUACAGUGAAUACAGGGAUGAAAAACAGUACUAAAAACACAAUGCGUUCGAGACCGUGGCAACCGGUAUGGUUCAAUGUAAUAACUUUCUUAUUGAUGCACAUAGGCUCGGCUUAUGGAAUCUAUUUGGUAAUCACACAGGCUAAAUGGCAGACUAUUGUUUUCGCUUAUGUUUUGUACGUAAUGUCGACCGUGGGUGUAACAGCCGGCGCUCACAGACUUUGGUCACACAGAUCAUACAAAGCGAGGCUUCCUCUGAAGAUUAUACUGUUAUUUUUUUUCACCAUGGCUUUUCAAGGCUCAGUAUUCCAGUGGGUACGUGACCAUCGUGUUCAUCAUAAGUAUUGCGAUACUGAUGCCGACCCACACAACUCAAAGCGAGGAUUUUUCUUCUCACAUAUCGGUUGGUUACUCAUGAAGAAACAUCCUGAUGUUAAAGCUAAAGGCCACGACAUUGAACUAAGUGAUAUUAAGGCGGAUAAGUUGUUACGCUUCCAACAAAAAUACUACUAUUUAUACGUGUUGUUGCUAAGUUAUAUGGCACCAACUUUCAUCCCGCUUCUGUGGAAUGAAGAAAAGUGGACAGCAUUUUAUAUUGCUGUAGUAUUGCGUUUGACUAUAUCGCUACAUGCAGUUUUUUCAAUAAACUCUGUUGCCCAUAUGUGGGGCACGAAGCCAUAUGAUAAAGAUAUUCGACCCGUAGAAACAAAAUCUGUAUCUUUAGUUGCAUGUGGAGAAGGAUUUCAUAAUUAUCAUCAUACAUUCCCUUGGGAUUACAGAACUGCCGAGUUAGGUGGUUAUGCUUUUAAUACGUCACGAUUAUUUAUUGAUAUUAUGGCAAAAAUUGGUUGGGCGUAUGACUUGAGGACUGUGUCCCAAGAGUUGAUACAGAAGCGUGUAAAGCGAACUGGCGAUGAUUCUUCUCACACUACUACAGACUACUCCAGAUUCUUCAGAGGCGACGAGGAUUCCAGACUUGCGUGUGAGCGUGAGACAUCGGCAACAGACGCGUCAGUGGUGGAAGGACCCGGCAGAGGCUCACAGAGUGAGGAGCCCGUGACGACGUUGUUAACCUGCCAGCUGCUGGUGGUUACAAGGCCGCAGUACAAGGAAAAAAAUAACAUUACAAUGCCUCCUCAGGGCCAAACAAAAGGGUCGUGGGUGUUGUAUGAAACAGACGCAUCAAAUGAAGAUGUCAAUGCACCCCCUGUCGUUGUUCCUUCUUCAGCAGAAAAACGAGAAUUGAAGAUUGUGUGGAGAAACGUGAUUUUGAUGGGUUCGCUACACUUAGGAGGAAUAUAUGGAGCUUAUCUUUUCUUUUUUAAAGCAAUGUGGUUCACUAAACUAUUUGCGUUUGUGCUAUAUAUAUGUUCGGGACUUGGAAUAACGGCUGGAGCUCAUAGACUCUGGGCACAUAAAUCAUACAAGGCACGUCUACCACUACGACUGAUGUUGACUGUUUUCAAUACAAUUGCAUUUCAGGACUCCGCUAUAGACUGGGCAAGAGACCAUCGCAUGCAUCACAAGUACUCCGAGACAGAUGCCGACCCCCACAAUGCUACCCGAGGUUUCUUCUUCGCUCAUGUGGGUUGGCUUCUCGUCAGGAAACAUCCUCAGAUCAAGGCUAAAGGGCACACUAUUGAUAUGAGUGACCUCAGAUCUGAUCCUAUUCUUCGCUUCCAAAAGAAACACUACAUGAUACUUAUGCCGCUGGCUUGCUUCAUUCUACCCAGCUACAUACCUACUCUGUGGGGCGAGUCACUUUGGAACAGCUACUUUGUGUGCGCCUUGUUCCGCUACGUAUGGGUUCUCAACGUAACUUGGCUUGUUAACUCAGCCGCCCACUUGUGGGGAAUCAAGCCUUAUGACAAACAUAUUAAUCCGGUAGAAACCAAACCUGUGUCUCUUGUAGUACUUGGAGAAGGCUUCCACAAUUAUCACCAUACCUUUCCCUGGGAUUACAAAACUGCUGAACUCGGGGGGUAUUCUUUGAAUACCACAAAGAUGUUCAUCGAUUUUAUGGCUAAGAUUGGUUGGGCUUAUGACCUAAAAACGGUUUCUACUGACGUAAUUCAGAAGAGAGUGAAAAGAACAGGCGAUGGUACCCAUCCAGUAUGGGGCGAAGAGGAUCAAGACGUACACAUAGAGGAUAAAAUUACAAGAAAUAUUCUAAGCCCAGAGAAGACUGAAUGA